UACUUAGCCACUUACAGCCUCGACAAUCAAAGCCGAGUGCGUAUCUGUAUCUGGAUCCGUCUCCUACGACGCCGCCAUCGAACUCAACGACGACGGACCGCAACGACCUCGAAACCUACCGUCAGAACCAAUCCCUUUCUCAGCCAUGGACGUCGACAGCCCGCCUUCCACUUCGAACCCGUUGCCCAACGAGUCGAAUCUUCCUGAUGCCGAGAACCCUUCGCUUCCUGCUCAAGCCGAGGGAGAUGAAUUGCCUGUCGAUGAUACCGGUGACGUCGACAUGGACGGAGAAACGCCCAGCAAGACAACGCUCGGUGUGAAACAGAUCUCGAACGGCAAGAAUGGGCAGGGAAUCGCUAGCGGUCGAGCUGGGACGUCAGCGGACAAGGAAGGGUUCGGAAAUAUGGCCUCGUUUUUCCAGCCGAGAAAGGCCAACGGGUCUGCAGCCAAGGGGAAGGCGAAAGAGGUGGAUGAUGCGGUAUACGAGGAUGAGAUUGAAAAGCGGGGUGGACUACCUUGGGUCGAGAAAUACCGGCCAGACACGCUUGACGAUGUAGUCUCGCAUAAAGACAUUACCGGGACAAUCGAGAACUUUAUCAAGAAGGGCCGGCUUCCGCACCUGCUCUUCUACGGCCCACCAGGAACCGGAAAGACCUCGACCAUUCUAGCCAUCGCCAAGCUCAUCUAUGGUCCUACCGCCUGGCGAUCACACGUUCUCGAGCUGAACGCUUCAGACGAUCGAGGGAUCGAAGUCGUGAGGGAGCAGAUCAAGGGGUUUGCCAUGACGAGGGUGUUGUUCUCGAAGGGGUUCAAGUUGAUCAUCUUGGACGAGGCGGAUAUGAUGACGCAAGCUGCACAGGGUGCAUUGAGACGAGUGAUUGAGCAAUACACCAAGAACGUCCGAUUCUGCAUCCUCUGCAACUAUGUCAACAAGAUUACGCCUGCCAUACAAUCGAGGUGUACAAAGUUCAGGUUCAGCCCGUUGCCAGAAAAGGAGGUCGAGAAAAAGGUCAACCAGGUGGUCGAGCGAGAAGGGGUCAAGCUGACGGACGACGGGAAACAAGCCCUCCUCAAGCUCUCCAAAGGUGACAUGCGAAGAGCGCUCAACGUCCUCCAGGCUUGCCACGCGGCGUACGACGAGGUCGACGAGACGGCCGUCUACAAUUGUACGGGGAACCCUCACCCUAAGGACGUGGAGAGCGUGGUGCAGAGCAUGUUGAGAGACGAGUUUGGGACAUCUUACGAAUAUAUUACGAAAUUAAAGACGGACAGGGGAUUGGCGCUGCAGGAUCUGAUCGCGGGGACCUAUGAGGUUUUGGAGACGAUCGAGCUGCCCACACAGAGUCGUGUCUAUCUGCUGGAUGCCCUGGCGACGUGCGAACAUCGCCUCUCGGUGGGCGGAUCGGAAAAGGUCCAGCUUACCAGCUUGUUGGGCGCGUUCAAGAUAGCAGUCGAGUUGAGCCAAAAGAAGGCGUAGGAGCGGGGAUCCAGGCGAUCGGAUGUACCGACCCGACGAGUAAUGAUUUUAUGCUAUUACGAAUACCUGCUGGCUAAGGAGACCUCGAGGACGUCGUGUUGGGACCAAGCAGAAUGCGCUGCCGACGCGUGUAAACCCCUUUUUACGUACUCACGACAUGGCGACGAGUGUCGGACCGUCGGCUCAGUGCUGCAGUUUUGCGAUAACAGGCCUCGCUAGCGAAGCCCAGGGUCGGAAAAGAGACUGGGGUUUUGAGCUACGAUGAUCCGGGCCUACGCGGCAAAUCGGGAGAGAUUCGAAGGACAUCCGUGUAUCUUGCUUAGCUUAAGAAGGGAGAACGAUACGUUGUUCAAUACAAUACGCAAGUAGGGCAC